UAACACACACGUGCUCACGGCCCGCCGCGGCGCCUGCGCGGUAGCAGCCUGAAGUCGGUGCCCUUAGGACGCCUCUCGCACCCUGACGCUCAGGCUGUCUGCGCGAGCAGUUUGUGCUAGUGUCCCGUGUACACACGCCUUGCAAGCGACGACGCCAUGAGUCUGACUUCCAGCGUACGAGUGGAAUGGAUUGCAGCAGUUACCAUUGCUGCUGGGACAGCUGCAAUUGGUUAUCUAGCUUAUAAAAGAUUUUAUAGUAAAGAUCAUCGCAACAAAUCUAUGGUGAACCUUCAUAUCCAGAAAGACAACCCCAAGAUAGUACAUGCUUUUGACAUGGAGGAUUUGGGAGACAAAGCUGUGUACUGCCGUUGUUGGAGGUCCAAAAAGUUUCCAUUCUGUGAUGGCGCUCACACAAAACACAACGAAGAGACUGGAGAUAACGUGGGACCCCUGAUCAUUAAGAAAAAAGAAACUUAAGUGGACAUUUUUGAUGCUGCAAACCAACUUGUCACAACGUUACCUGAUUGUUUAAUUAUUAUGAUUACCACUUCUGUCUAAUUCACCUUUCCUUGGUUCUAGAUGUGGUAUAUUGCAAGCUGCAGCUUUCAUAUUCAUGGUAUUUGCCUUACUUGUUGAGCCAUUGUGGUGAAAUUGUUUAAACAAAAGGAAAAAGUUAAAACCAAUCUCAUGGCCUGUGGGUUACUUUUGGUCUUGUAAGGAUCUAUUUCUUUACAUUUUAAAAUAAUGACAUUAGAAUAUAGUUGUAUGUUGAAGUUAACCUAUUAAAUUAUUCUCAAAAUCAUGUAUAUGCAGAUUGUACUUGUAAGUUUCAAAGAAAUAUUAUCAUCUUUUAAUAUUACUUAGUUAAUCUCAAAACUAGUUUGGGUGUCAUUAAGCUCCACUGAUUUCUCAAUACAAUCUAGGAGAAAACUAUUAUGACCUUGAUUUCUUUUUUGACACCAAGAAAAUAUUGCUUCCUUGUUUUCAUAGUUUUUGGUCAAAAUGAACUAUGAGUGCCAUUCAUUUAGUAAUGUGGGCCAGGACAGUAACUUCAUAUUCAUCUUAAGGGGUAUGUAAUUUAUCCACUAAAGAAAUCAGUAGUGGGAAUUAAGGCCAAGUGAUGGUUAGAUUUAAAGUAGUCAUAAAGGUUUUAAAAUACAGUGUUCCAGGGUUUUAGCUCAAGAAGUGUUAAGCACUUGAAGUAAGGACAUUGGAGAACUGAAGUACAUGUCAAGUCCGACAGCCACACGUCCAUAACAAAUAGUUAUUAUAAACAAGAUCACUGGCAUGGGAAGAUUUUUGUUUUCCACUCUUCACAAUGAUGUGCAUAACUGGCUUUAGUAAAGAAACAUUUGAGGAGAAAAAUAAGAAUUAUUCCUCCUUUUAAAUUACUUGAUCUGUUACUUAAAAGCAAAAAAAUGAAGACAAAUUUUUGUUUAUAUAACACUCUUCAAAGAUUGUGACCAGAAACACUGCCUUCAUUACUGAUUCAGGAAAAAAAUAUGUGAAGAGAAUUAAGACAGGAGUUGCUAGUAUUUCUUUAAAGUGAUUAGAUUUUUUGACUUUAGGGGUUUAAAGGAGGAAUGGCACUAUACAUAUAUACCUCUAUACACACAUUUACAUAAGAAAAGAAACAGGUCAUUUGAAAUUGUCAAAAGUAACAGGUGAACAUUCUCAAUUUCUUUUAAUAUACUCGAAUUCUUAAGUCAAUCACAAGUUUCUACUUGAUAACAUUGAAAAUUAACCUUAGCAAUCACAAGAAUCAAAUAAAACCAAAAAGUCCUGUA